CAGUCGGUGAGUGUGAAUGAGGAGGGGUGGCGGGAUCCGGCCCGGAAGCUGCGGGCCGCUCCCGGCAUUCGGCUCCGGGGCUCUGCGCCCGCUGGGCCCUCCGUUCUCCACUCUUCUUUUAGGGCACCUUUGAGCCGACUUCUGCGGCGGCCCGGCAGACGCAGAGCCUGGAACCAUGAGCGUGGGCUUCAUCGGCGCUGGCCAGCUGGCCUGUGCCCUGGCGCGGGGCUUCACGGCCGCAGGCAUCCUGUCGGCUCACAAGAUAAUAGCCAGCUCCCCGGACAUGGACCUGCCCACAGUGUCCGCGCUCAGGAAGAUGGGUGUGAACCUGACCCGGAGUAAUAAGGAGACAGUGAGGCACAGUGACGUCCUGUUCCUAGCCGUGAAGCCACACAUCAUCCCCUUCAUCCUGGACGAGAUCGGGGCCGACGUUCAGGCCAGGCACAUUGUGGUCUCCUGCGCGGCAGGUGUCACCAUCAGCUCUGUCGAGAAGAAGCUGAUGGCAUUCCAACCGGCCCCCAAGGUGAUCCGCUGCAUGACCAACACGCCCGUGUUGGUGCGAGAGGGCGCGACAGUGUACGCCACGGGCACCCAUGCCUUGGUGGAGGAUGGGCAGCUCCUGGAGCAGCUCAUGAGCAGCGUGGGCUUCUGCACUGAGGUGGAGGAGGACCUGAUUGACGCCGUCACAGGGCUCAGCGGCAGCGGGCCUGCCUAUGCGUUCAUGGCCCUGGACGCGUUGGCCGACGGUGGGGUGAAGAUGGGCCUGCCGAGGCGCCUGGCUGUCCGACUGGGGGCCCAGGCCUUGCUGGGGGCUGCCAAGAUGCUGCUGGACUCAGAGCAGCACCCGGGCCAGCUCAAGGACAAUGUCUGCUCCCCUGGGGGGGCCACCAUCCACGCCCUGCACGUCCUAGAGAGCGGGGGCUUCCGCUCCCUGCUCAUCAACGCAGUUGAGGCCUCCUGCAUCCAAACACGAGGAUGCCGAGGCCUGAAGGGGAUAAGCAGCUUACUCCAGUUGAGUUGUUCAUCAGUCGUGGGGCCGUCUACAUAGCUGGACUGAGCCCGGAGGUUCCCCCUGCAGGCCGUGUCCCUGGUGCUUGCCCCCACCAGCUCCUGCCUGUGGCACUGGCUUCAACAUCAGCUCUGAGUUCACAUCUUAGUUCCCACCGCUUUCAACUAGGCGACCUUGGAGAAGGUACUGAAUAUCUUGGACCUCAAGGUUUCAUCCCUAGAAAUAUGGAGGUCACGCUUCAUCAAAAGGUUCUGGUGGGUAUGAAAUGAGAUCGUGUGGAGCUGCUCAGCAGAACAUCUAGAACAUGUGGACCCUUGUGCCAGUGGAGCUCAUCCUUCACCUUCCCCUGAGGAGGGAGGGCAGCUGGGCCCCAACUCUAGCGUAUUCCUAGGGGGCCAAAGUGACAACGAGUACGACAAUACUAAAAGCUGUCAUCUUUAAGCCCUCAUUAUAUGGCAGCCCCUUUGCAAACCCUCUACAUAAAGUCUCAUGGCCUUAGGAGCUGGGUAUAAUUAAGAGUAAGAGGUGAAGUAAGUGGCCCAAAAAGAUGAUAGACAUUUCACCAAAGAAGAUUUACAAAUGGCAAAUGAGAUGCUCGACAUCAUUAGUUAUGAGGGAAAUGCAAACCAAAACCCGGUGAGAUACCACUUCACACCCACUAGUGUGACUUCUAGUUAAAAAUAAAAAGGAUAAUAACGAAUGUUGCAAGGAU